AUGGCGUGGAAACUUCUGGGCUGUGAGCCUGGGGAGGUGAAGGAGACAUCUGCAGGGUCCAUGCUGAUGGCUUCGGCCGCUUCAGCCCGGCUCCUGGUGGGACCUGGUGCCACCGUGUCCCUCUCGGAGACAGUGCAGAAAUGGCGCGAAUAUCGCCACCAGUGCCAGCGCUUUCUGACGGAGGCUCCACCCCCAGCCACAGGGUCCCCAUUUCUGCCUUCCCCCCAGGGUGCCACCGUGUCCCUCUCGGAGACAGUGCAGAAAUGGCGCGAAUAUCGCCACCAGUGCCAGCGCUUUCUGACGGAGGCUCCACCCCCAGCCACAGACCUGUUCUGCAACCGGACCUUUGAUGACUAUGCCUGCUGGCCAGACGGGCCACCCGGCUCCUUCGUGAAUGUCAGCUGCCCCUGGUACCUGCCCUGGGCCAACAGCGUGCUGCAGGGCCACGUGUACCGCUUCUGCACGGCCGACGGCCUGUGGCUGCACCAGGACAACUCCAGCCUGCCCUGGCGGGACCUGUCGGAGUGCGAGGAGUCCAAGCGCGGGGACAGGAGCUCCCCGGAGGACCAGCUCCUGUCCCUCUACGUCGUCUACACGGUGGGCUAUGCGCUGUCCUUCUCCGCCCUGGUCAUCGCCUCCGCCAUCCUCCUGGGCUUCAGACACCUGCACUGCACCCGGAACUACAUCCACCUGAACCUGUUCGCCUCCUUCAUCCUCCGAGCACUGUCCGUCUUCAUCAAGGACGCGGCCCUCAAGUGGAUGUACAGCACGGCGGACCAGCAGCACGAGUGGGACGGGCUCCUCUCCUACCAGGACUCUCUGAGCUGCCGCCUGGUGUUCCUGUUCAUGCAGUACUGCGUGGUGGCCAACUACUACUGGCUGCUGGUGGAGGGCGUGUACCUGUACGCGCUGCUGGCCCUCUCGGUCUUCUCGGAGCAGCGCAUCUUCAGGCUCUACCUGAGCAUAGGCUGGGGUGUUCCCUUGCUGUUUGUCAUCCCCUGGGGCAUUGUCAAGUACCUCUAUGAGGACGAGGGCUGCUGGACCAGGAACUCAAACAUGAACUACUGGCUCAUUAUCCGGCUGCCCAUUCUCUUCGCCAUUGGGGUGAACUUCCUCAUCUUUGUCCGGGUCAUCUGCAUCGUGGUGUCCAAGCUGAAAGCCAACCUCAUGUGCAAGACGGACAUCAAGUGCAGACUUGCCAAGUCCACAUUGACGCUCAUCCCCCUGCUGGGUACCCAUGAGGUCAUCUUUGCCUUCGUGAUGGACGAGCACGCCCGGGGGACCCUGCGCUUUGUCAAGAUGCUCACAGAGCUCUCCUUCACCUCCUUCCAGGGGCUGAUGGUGGCUAUCUUGUACUGCUUUGUCAACAACGAGGUCCAACUGGAGUUCCGGAAGAGGUGGGAGCGCUGGCGGCUCGAGCGCCUGCACAUGCAGAGGGACAGCAGCAUGAAGCCCCUGCAGUGUCCCACCAGCAGCCUGAGCAGCGGGGGCACAGUGGGGAGCAGCGUGUACUCCGCCACCUGCCAGGCCUCCUGCAGCUAAGCCUGCGGCACCGCCCUCCCAGGUGGGGGAACACCCUCCCGGAUGGGGCCGGGGAAGGGAGGGACAGCGGCUCUCAAACAC